AAGUUUGAACUUUCUGUACUUGAGGACAACUGGUAGAAUUGGCUACAGAAAUCACUUUGCUUCCAUGGGCUUUUUGCAUCCUCUGCCUUUCUAAGGACUCGACAUAGAAGAUCCUUCUUUCUCCAAGUCAGAAUCCUCCCAAAGUCCUAAGGAAAUGGACUUGCCCGGCUGUGCCUCAGUAAGGAGAGCGAAUGGAACUCUGAUCCGCCUCAGGGAGACAGAGUUCAACAGCUCCUCAAAUUUGGAUGACACAACUUUGCUACUUUUGCUGGAGGAAUGGUCUCUCACCCCACCAGGCACAAACACGAAGAUGUUCUUAAUCUCUCCAGUUGUCUGCCUCGUGGCAGGUGUCCUCAUCAUCCCAACCAUCUUGUUUGUGAUUUUCUCUCGGUUUAAAAUCCGCCAGGAAACAAGGUACAUGCUGCUGGGAAACGCUCUGCUUUCUGAUCUGAUCUACCUGCUGUUCUACACCCUGUCAGCUGCUCUCAAUGCAGCACACCUACACCUCCCAAAGGAGGCUUGUGUCCUCCUGUUAUUUUUGCUGGCAGUGGCUUACUGUGGAGGACUGUUCACAGCUGUCGCAAUAGUCCUGGACACGUACAUCGCUGUUUUGUUUCCUUUGCGCUAUAUUGUUAUUUUGCCUCCCUCACGAACUAAAAAAAUCCUUGUAUUACUGUGGAUGUGUUCCGGAGCUUUCCCUGGGAUUUUCUUCUUGGUGCUAGGGACUACCCACAGCUUUGUGCCCUGUGUCCUGGAAAUGUGCUCAGUUCCAGUAAUACUAAUAUUAACUCUGAACAGGACUGAUGCUGUGAAACUCUGUUUCUGGCUUUCUACUACAGUUAUCAUUCUCUGCCUGUCUGUAAUAUUUUGUUGCUAUGCUAUUCUGUAUUUUAAAACCAAACACUCCGGUAUAUGGGAGAGCAUCUGCUCCAGAGCCAGUGUAACAUUUGUAAUGCACAACACCGUGUUAUUUUUUUACUUCUUUCCACUCUUGGCCCUUUUUGUAGAAUCAUUCUUGUGCGUUAAUGUUUUUGUCAGACUACAGAGAGGAAUCUUGGUCUCCCUGACAGUCUGCAAUGUCCUCAUGAUUCUUCCUAAAGUUCUGUUCCCUUUUCUGUAUGGGCUUCGAUACAGAGAGAUCUCAGCCUCUCUCAAAUCCAUUGUCAGGAGGAAGCAGCUUGGCCUGGUGUCACCUGCCCCACCACCAUCCUGA